AUGGUAAAACAGUUAUAUUGUGCGAUGUUAUUGUUUAUACUAUUGGCAUCAACGCUGGCAUCUCCACCGUGCCGUGUUGGAACGGUGAGCAGAGAAAUGAGGGCUUCUGGUCGAGUUUUGAAUUACAGAGAAUGUACUUAUAAUGUAAGUUGAAGGUUGGGUUUUUAGUAGGGAUAUUGUUGCGAAUAUUAUAGUAAAAUGGUCUUGACAUAAUAAGUGUUGUCAAUCGAACGUAUAUACAAAUAUUAUACUUUUUCUACUUUAGAACGGCAUCAUAACGGAAUGUGAUGGCUCUACUCAUAAGGGAAAGUUUGUCACAUCAGCUGAUGACUGUAAGGUUGUAUGUUGGCCACAGUUUAAAGGAUAA